AUGGGGGCCUUUGUGGAGGAUGGGGCCUUUGUGCGGGAUGGGGCCUAUGUGGAGGAUGGGGCCUAUGUUGAGUAUGGGGCCUUUGUGGAGGAUGGGGUCUUUGUGGAGUAUGGGGCCUCUGUGGAGGAUGGGGCCUCUGUGGAGGAUGGGGUCUUUGUGGAGGAUGGGGCCUCUGUGGAGGAUGGGGCCUAUGUGAGGGAUGGGGCCUCUGUGGAGUAUGGGGCCUCUGUAGAGUAUGGGGCCUUUGUGGGGGAUGGGGCCUUUGUGGAGGAUGGGGAAAUGUGGAGGAUGGGGCCUCUGUGA